UCUCUCUCUCUCUCGAAUACACCUCAAGUAGUUGAUCGAUCAUCAAUUGCGGUUUUUUACUAGCUUGAUAGCUGCGUGCGAGAUAAAAUGGCAGGUUCGUUGAUGAGAAAUCAGCAGGUAAUUGGUGCUGCCUUCCUUGUCCUGCUCCUUGUCGACGUUGCCUUUGCUGCCAGGACCCUCGGCGGAAAAGGACGCGGUGGUGGUGGUGGCGGCGGCGGUGGUGGCAGAGGGGGAGGAGGCGGUGGCAAUGGCGGGUUUGGGUCGGGUUACGGGAGUGGAAGUGGGUACGGUGGCGGAAGCGGGAAAGGCGGCGGUGGUGGUGGAGGCGGAGGCGGCGGUGGAGGUGGCGGAGGAGGAGGGGGAAGGAAUGGUGGAUCCGGGUAUGGUAGCGGGUCAGGGAAAGGUUACGGGUCUGGAUAUGGAGGAGGAGAUUAUGACAACUACCCAUGAAUUCAAAUUAAUUACAGAUUUAAUGGUAAAUCGACAUUUGACUUGGUUUCAUGUGAGGAUUAUCACUACCACGCUACCUAUAGAGUGUCGGAUGAUAAACUUACAACCGACGAUAUUCGAUUUGAUCAUCGUUAUACUAUGCGAUUCUUUUUCGUUGUCAUUACCCUUCUCAAUUACGAAAAAAUACAACAACAACAAAAAUUUGUCCUAAGAGUGUCAAACCGUUGACCUUGAGUUCACAAAUUCAAGUUAGCACCCUUACCACUGUAUUAAGUUUGACCUUUAUAAUUUUUGCCAUAAUAAUAAAUUAAGUUGGAAUAUACAAUGUGAUUCUUAUUUUCUCUACAAGUUGCACAAUUUUUUUUUUUUCAUGUUACAUGUAUGAUAAUAUCGGUUAGGUUCAUGC